UUUACCCCUAAUUGACUUCAUUUUGAAAACGAAAUGAUGAAAUUUGGGUUUAGCUCCAAUGGCUUCCGAUGCAUCUGCAACUACUUCUUCCUCCCUGGUUUUCGACGCAUUUCAACAUCUUCUUCAUCAAAUGAAGGUAAUACUUCUUCUUCAUUUGCAAAUUUCUUGGUUGAUAAUCUGGGGUUUUCUAACCACCAAUCUCUCUCUACUUCCGCUACACUCUCUAGUCGGCGGAGACAUGGUGGGACGAAGCUGGUUAAUAAUUUCAAUUGGGCUGAAAAUGCUGAAUCUGUCAUUCAAUUCCUUAAGCAAAUUGGUUUUCAGCAAUCUGAUAUUAGGAAACUUGUAUGUCAUGAACCCCGGAUUUUACUUUCUAGGGUUAGCCAAACCCUAAAACCCAAAAUUAAGCUUCUUAAUGAUCUGGGUUUAUCUGGGUCUGAUCUUGUUCAAGUUAUUGUAAGAAAUCCUUUGAUAUUGCGCCAAAGUUUAGGUCUUGCAAUUCAUGCUUUUAGGACUGUUCUGGGUAGUGAUGAGAAUGUUGUUUCGGCGAUAAAUAAAUCGCAUCGGAUUCAAUUUAGAAAAGCUGCUAAUAAUUUGAUUCCGAAUGUUGAGUUGUUGCAAAGUUAUAGUGGAAUUUCUGGUGAAAAAUUUCAGAAACACAUUAUUCGGCACCCUAGUCUUUACUGUAUGAAGACAGAUUUGUUUCAAAAAAUCUUGACUAGGGUUGAAAAAAAGUUGGGAAUUCCUCCAAAUUCUGUCAUGUUUCUUUAUGGAAUACAAUCUGUUUCUGCAUUAAGUGAUCAGAGUAUAGACGAUAAAUGUGAAAUUUUUAAGAGCUUUGGAUGGACUCAAUCUGAUGUCAUGGAAUUGAUCAGGCGAAAUCCAUUGUGCUUGACAUCAACAGAGGAAAGGCUGAAGGGAAAAUUGGAUUUUUUGAUAAACCAGCUGGGUUAUAAGCCGCAUUACCUAGCAGUCCAGGCUUCGUUUUUCACUUACAGCAUAGAGAAGAGGUUAUUGCCAAGAUACCGAGUUUUACAGGUUUUGAAGGAGAAAGGGCUGAUAAAAGAGCAUCACCUUCUUUCUAGUGCCUCCAUCUUGACUGAGGCUAACUUUUUGAAAAAGUUUAUUUUGCCUUUUGAGGAAAUCCAUGAAGUGUAUGCUCAGCUUACAGGCUCCACAGUUGAAUCGCUCGUUGCAGGAAGAGUAAAAGGCCAAAUCUGAAGUCUGAAGAUGUCUUCGAGUUCGUUCUAAUGCUGCUAGAUGCAAGUCAGUGCCAUAAGAUGUGCUGAGUUGUUCUUCUGAAGAUGGUCCUUUGACUAGCAGAAGUCUAACUAGCAGCUGUUGGAACUGGAGCAUUGUGUAUCAUUGUAUGUUCCCAUUGAUAGUUUCUGUCUGUAUUGGUUGAUGCAAAUAGCUGACUUGUAAAUAUUUAGCUGCCAAGGUAGUAGCGAAGCGUUGUUGGAUGGCCAGCAUGCUCAAACUUCAUAGAUGCUUGUGAAUUAUCAUCCCAUAUAUAGGAGAUUGACAUAACAAUAGCUUUAUGAUGUUAUUGAGCUUUAAUUUUAUAUGAAAUGCUGGUGAUUGACACUCAAUUCUCGUUUGAGAUUGUAUUUGAAUCAGGCACAUUUAGUGCAUAUUUAUUUU